AUGGUUGUGGUGGUGAUGGUGAUGGUGGUCAUCGUGUUGGUGGCCAUGGUGGGGGUGGUUUUGGUGGUGGUGGUGGUGGUUGUUGAUAUGGCGUGGUGGAAGUGCAAUGAUGGUUGUGGUGGUGAUGGUGCUGGUGAUGCUGAUGGUGGAGGUGCCUGUGGCAGUGGUGGUGGUUGUGGUCGUGGGAAAGAUGGUGUUGGUGGAUGUGGUGGUAGUGGUGUUGGUGGUGAUGGUGGUCGUGGUGGUACUGGUUGCCGUGGUGGUGGUGGUGGGUGUAGUGGUAGUGUUGGUGGUGGUUGUGGUUAUGGCCUUGGUGGUGGUGAUGGUGGUGGCUUUGGUGGUGGUUUUCGUUGUGGUGGUGGUGGUGUCCGUGGUGGUGGGGGUGAUGGUGGUGUUGGUGGUGGUAGUGAUGGACGUGGUGGGGCUAGUGGUGGUGGUGGUUGUGGUGUUGGUGGUGAUUGUGGACGUGGUGGUCGUCACGGGGUUGGGGGUGGUUACCAUGGUGGUAGUGGCCAUGGUGGUCGUGGUUAUGGUGGUAGUGGUGGUAAUGGUGGUGGCAGUGGUGCAGGUGGUGGUAAUAGUGGUGGUGGUUGUGGUUUUGGUGGUGGUGGUGGUGGUGUUGAUUGUGUUGGUAGGGGUGGGAGUGCGGGUGGCAGGGGUGGUGGUGGUCAUUAUUUUGGUGGUGGUGGUGAUGAUUGUGAUCAGUGUGGUGGUGGUGGUGAUUGGGAAUUGGUGGUGGUGGUGAUGAUAGUGGUCGUGGUGUGGUAG